GUGGUGCGGGCCCUGCAAACAUUAUUCUCUAGUAACUACACCGAUUUCAGACCAUCUACAAAUAAACUAACAUCCAGACUCUACCCAUUUCCGUGUAUCGUGAAGUUCUUCAAAACAAAAUGAGCUCCUUAAUCCUAUCAUAUCUGCUUGGAGGGCGCCUCCGCAGGAACUGUCAGAAAGGAAGAUGGCUGCCUAAGUCCAAACAAAUUCGCCGCCGCUGAAAAUCUGUCGAAGGUUUUAUCGUCUUUUUGUCGAAAUUGAAUUUACUGGGGUCAGUCAAGGGAAAUAAAAGAUUAAUAUUUUCGGUUGCUUAACAUUAUUUCUAGCUGGUUAAUGCUAGAAUGAUUUUUAAAGUUGCUCAAGUAACACACUUCUAAACUAAUUCGUGGCAGUCGGUAGAAAGUAUGUAGCUGAUGUACAGGACAGUCUAAACAUAAUUGUUAGAACGAAAUACGGUGAAAGAAUGGAACUUGACGCUACUAAAAGUAGUAGUUCGGAAACUGGGAGAGCAGGAACAGAAUCAAGCUCUUCAUUUCAUUGUAAAAUUCCGUUGAAGUUGAGUCAGUCGACUCUUAGUGUUAGGCCGUUUCUUUAUCAUAAGUCAGAGCGACACCCGAAGACAUUGCUAGAGACUCUCAAUGGUUUGCGCCAAACAGGUGAUCUUUGCGACGUGACAAUAGUUGUUGGUCCAAGAAAGAUCGACUCGCAUAAAGUUGUGUUGUCAGCAUGUAGUCCAUACUUCCGAGCUAUGUUCACAGGCGAAAUGACUGAAAGUAGACAGAAAGAGGUGCAGAUAAAAGAUGUAGAUGAAAAGGCAACUGCGCAACUCAUUGACUUUGCAUAUACAGGCUCAAUACGAAUUGAUGAAUCAAAUGUUCAAACUGUUCUCCCUGCUGCCUGUCUGAUGCAGCUGACAGAAAUUCAAGAAGCGUGUUGUGAAUUUCUCAAGAAGCAAUUAGACCCAACCAACUGCCUUGGAAUAAGAGCAUUUGCAGACACACAUGCUUGUUCAGAUCUUCUAAGGGUUGCUAAUGUAUUCUCACAUCACAAUUUCCAAGAUGUCAUGGAAGGGGAAGAAUUUUUACACCUCCCUAUUAAACAAUUAACAGACAUCCUUUCAAGUGAUGAACUAAAUGUUGUUUCAGAAGAGCAAGUUUAUAAUGCUUGUUUGCGAUGGGUCCAUUACAAUUUGGCAGAGCGAAAAGACAGGCUCCAUGAAGUCUUGAGUCAUGUCAGAUUACCUUUAGUAAGUGCAAGGUUUCUAGUGGGUGUUGUAAGUGCGGAUUUGCUCAUCAAAAACAAUGAAUCAUGUAGAGACUUAGUUGAUGAAGCCAAAAAUUAUUUGCUGUUGCCAGAACAGAGACUACUAAUGCAAGGGCCUCGUACUAGACCAAGACAACCUGCAAAAAGUGGGGAAGUCCUUUUUGCUGUUGGUGGUUGGUGUAGUGGGGAUGCCAUCAAUAGUGUUGAGAGAUUUGAUCCACAUAAAAAUGAAUGGCAUAUGGUAGCAAGCAUGAACAAGAGGAGAUGUGGUGUUGGUGUUUCAGUACUAGAUGAUUUGCUGUAUGCUGUUGGUGGCCAUGAUGGCUCUAGCUAUUUGAAUUCUGUUGAGAGAUAUGAUCCAAAGACAAACCAGUGGAGCUCAGAUGUCUCUCCAACCAGUACUUGUAGGACAAGUGUUGGAGUAGCUGUCCUUGAUGGAUUUAUGUAUGCAGUUGGAGGCCAAGAUGGAGUCUCUUGCCUCAAUAUUGUUGAGAAAUAUGACUCCACUAUGAACCAGUGGAGCAGAGUGUCGCCAAUGAGUACAAGGAGACUUGGUGUUGCUGUUGCAGUACUGGAUGGUUUUCUCUAUGCAAUAGGGGGAAGUGAUGGCACGUCUCCUUUAAAUACUGUUGAAAAGUAUGAUCCUAAAGGAAACCAGUGGAUUCCUGUGCGUCCUAUGGGAACUAAAAGAAAGCAUCUUGGUGCUGCAGUUUACCAAGGAUGCAUAUAUGUUGUUGGUGGCAGGGAUGAUGCAACAGAGCUGAGCAGCGCAGAGCGAUAUGAGCCACAGACUAAUCAGUGGUCACCAGUUGUUGCUUUAAAUUCAAGAAGAAGUGGAGUAGGAUUGUCUGUGGUAAAUGGCCAGCUUAUAGCAGUUGGAGGCUUUGAUGGGACAACCUAUCUUAAAACUAUUGAAGUUUUUGAUGUUGCAAAGAACCAAUGGGUGUUGCAAAGUGGGAUGAAUUACAGAAGGCUUGGUGGGGGUGUUGGAGUGGUGACAUUGCCACAGUGUGAAGGGUUUGGCUGGCAAUAA